AUGGAGAAAUGCUGGUUUGUUUUGCGUCAAAGCCACUAUCCGCCCCCCGUAUACUCCGAGACAGAGGACAGCAGCAAGGGUGCCAUCUGCCUGGGGCACAUAAUAUCAGAUCUUAAACACAUCGACACGGUUCUCAACACCGAUGGUCCCCAGCCUUACCCAGCGAGCAUGCCGGUUUUCACGACCAAGAAGUGGUCCCUGAAUUGGGAGUCUGAUCGUGACCGCCAGGCAGAGUUAUCAGCAAAUGGAGAUGCUCCUGUUGGUCCUGUCACUGCUGAUGCCAAUGUUGCAGUAGUUUUCAAGAAAUCUACGAGCAAUGCCUCGAACUUUGAGUCUCUAGACACAAGCAUCAUUCAGCCAACAGCAGCAUAUAUAACGAACAGCCUCGACAGUGAGCUUGUGCAAGAAAAGCUAAAGAGCAGCCAGUUUCUUGGAGUCGAUGCCUGGAAACUGUUCAUGGUAACUGGUCUCAUUGUUGCUAGAGGCGCUGCGAGCAAGAACUUUGAUCUUAUCGAGGCAGGUAACGCUGGCCAGGCGAGGGCGAAUGCCCCAGGAAAUAUUGGAGGAAGAGCGAGUGCAUCGGUCUAUUCCAGGAAAGAAGACUCGAUAUCCUAUGAGAAGGCAUCAGAUUUCGUUUGGGCGGUUCGAUUAACUAAACUUAAAAAGAGGCCUUUUAUUGCAGGCGUGAAGAGAGAGACAGUUGUCAAAGGAGCAACACUCGGGAUGGGGGAUGAAGACUCAGACCAUACUCAGUGGAAUGCGAAUGCGGCCAUUGAAGGUGUUGAUACGGGCGAUUAUACCAACCUAUCUCGUAUUGGAGAGGAUAUACUUGUUGUAGUAGGCGAGUAA